AUGUCUGCAGAUGACUUCCGGAAGAAGUUCUACAGAGCAACUCCAGAGACGGGAGAGUCUGCUGGUCAGUUUAUGGCGAGGUUAGAACAUUACUUCGAGAGAUGGGUAGAUCUGACAGAUACAGCCAAAUCAUUUGAAGGGUUGAAAGAUUUGAUAAUUAGACAGCAGUUCUUAGAGCAGAUAAAUCCAGGAUUAGCUAUUUACCUGAGAGAGCGUACUCCUCAGUCGACAAGGGAAAUGACUGAAACUGCUCAGAUUUAUAUUUCAGCACAUGGUGGUCAUUUCAAGGGUCCAAGAAAGGAAACCAAAGUAAUGACACCUCAUAAGUCUGAAACAAAGAGUGAUGGUUUUCAUAGGGAAAAGCCUAAGGGCCGAAAGCAAAUUGGUCCUUGCUAUCUGUGUGAUCAAAUGGGUCACCUUGCAAGAAAUUGUAAGUCAAGUUUUAAAUCAAAACCUGAGAAGGGUGGAAGUUUUGUAGAUAUUGGGUCCAAAACCAAUAAACAUAGGAAGUCUUCAGGUAAGACUAAAUCUCAUGAUCCAUGUCCUACGUGUUCUUCUUCUAAAGAUUUAGGUGAUGGCAGUGAUACAUCCCAGCUUGAGAGUGGGCUGUUUGUCAUGAUGUCUGCCUCAGGUAUGGACCAGACAAGACCUACGAGGAAACAGAGGAAGAAACAGAAGAAGAAAAUAUCUGAGAUGUGUGCGACUUGUAAAGGAACCGUUGUGGCGCUUUGUGUACGAGCACCACUGUUUGAUGUUAUUGUAGGAAAUAUCCAGAAUGUUCUUCCUCCAGAUGCGCCGAAUCCAAAUUGGGGAAUGCCGACAUCAGGUAAUGUUGUCACAGAUAAUGCUUUGUCUGAGGUAGGGAUGGCUGUUGAGACGAGGUCACAGGUUAAAGCUGCUGAGAGAAAGCAAGCUCCUUUGAAGGUAAUGUCUCCCAUUCCAGAAGUUUCUCCACAGGAUAUACAGGAAGCACAGUUAGCAGAUCCUACACUUAAGAAGGCAAGAGAACUUGCUGAGACCGAGGAUGGUAGCAAAGAAGGUAAGAGAAAUUAUUUUUUCUUUCAGGAUGGUUUGCUGCAUAGAGUUUUCCAACCAAGUAGUGUUGUGAAUGGAAACCAGGUUGUGCAACUUGUUGUGCCUAAGCCCUAUCGGAAGGUUGUUAUGAAACUGGCACAUGAAGGUAUUAUGGGUGGACAUCAGUGUGUCAAAAAGACUUCAGAUAAGAUAAUGUUGAGUUUCUUUUGGCCAGGAUUACAAGCAGAUGUGAGUAGAUUCUGCCAGUCGUGUGAUAUCUGUCGGAGAACUAUUAGCAAGGGAAGGGUCCCACGAGUUCCUCUUGGCAAGAUGCCAAUUAUCGAUGUUCCAUUCAAGAGAAUAGCUGUUGAUUUGAUAGGACCGAUUCAACCUAUCACUUCCAGGAAGAAUAGGUAUAUUCUUACAGUGGUUGAUUGUGCUACUAGGUACCUAGAGGCGGUAGCCUUGCCCAACAUAGAGACAACUACUGUUGCAGAGGCACUUGUUCAGAUUUUCUCCAGAGUCGGUGUACCACAGGAGAUUUUGUCAGAUCAGGGCACUCAGUUCACCUCUGAUCUUAUGAAGGAUAUUGGGAAGUUGCUUUCAAUAAAGCAAAUGAUGACAACCCCAUAUCACCCUGCCUGCAAUGGGCUCGUUGAACGAUUCAACGGCACGUUGAAGAAGAUUUUACGAAGAACUUGUUCAGACCGUCCCUCUGAUUGGGAUCGGUAUCUCGCACCUAUUUUGUUUGCUUACAGGGAGGCUCCUCAUGCUUCUAUGGGUUUCUCACCUUUCGAACUCCUGUACGGACGCACUGUAAGAGGACCCUUAAUGAUUCUCAAGGAACUUUGGACGGGUAAGCAGCAGAAUGAGGAGUUGAAAUCAACCUACCAGUAUGAAGUCGAGCUGAAGGAACGACUGGAAUCGACGCUAAAGGUUGCACAGCAAGAGCUGAGGAAGUCGAUGGAAAGAAGUUCAAAGUACUACAACUCGAAGAGUAGGGAGAGAAGAUUUCAGGUAGGAGAUCAAGUUUUGUUGUUGUUACCUACUGAACACAACAAAUUGUUAGUACAGUGGAAAGGUCCAUUCACUGUUGUGCACAAGCUCAGUGAUCAGGAUUAUAGGUUAGACAUUAAUGGAAAACUUAAGACUUUCCAUGCUAAUUUGUUGAAACGUUAUAUCAGCAGAGAAGAAGACAGAGAAGAGUCUUUGACGGGUGAUGAAGAUCCAGCGGUUAGCGCUCAAGCUGUUGUCGUGACCGAGGAUGAUGACAGUGAAGCUAGUCCGAUGUCAGGGAAGCUCAAGUCCAUCAGUAUUCAUCUCCCUCCACUUGAAGCAACUGAGACGACAGAAGAUGUUUCAGUGUGCAAGAACUUAUCUAAGGAGCAGAAGCGUGAGGUAAAGUCUUUGUUACUUGAUUACAGGGAAGUCCUUACUGAUCUUCCAGGAGAGUGUAAGUUGGGCACUCAUUCAAUCAAGCUGACUACAGAUGAGCCAGUACGACAAACCAUACCCCACUGCACAUGCUCGCAAGAACACAAUUGA